AUGGCUUCGGUAGUCGCGGCUGGCAGUCCUCUGGAGCAGGCUCUCAGCAAUGUCAUCCCACCUAAACUCGUGGAGAUGGGCUGGAGCUCCGAUGGCGGCGAUGAUUCUGCUUUGACCGAAUAUGUGAUUCUCAUGCUCCGCAACGGCAAAACUCAAGAACAAAUCGCGAACGAACUCUCAAACGAUUUGCUCGGUCUGGGCGAAGGAGACACACAGGCUUUAGAUUUCUCGAGAUGGUUAUUCGACCAAGUUGAAAUCUUGAACCGCCAGAUAAAUGGCGGUGGCGCACCGACAGCAAACCAGUCCGCACCUACGCAAGCAAUCCCAUCUUUUAACGAUCAAACACCAAGUCUUUCUCAUAAUGGGCUUCGCGUUGAAAGCUCUGAACAGGAUGCUGAGAUGGGUAUGGAGGAUGCCGCGGCCGGGGAUGAUUCGAUACCUACAGGACCUAAAGCGAUGCGUGGCGGCCGCCAGGCUGGAAGGGGUCGCAUGUUAAACCAGAUCAACAGGACAUUAGAUCGCAAUAAUGACUCGUCUCUCCAUCGUGUCCGUGGUCAACAGGGUCGAGUCAAUUCACAUGGCCGUGACCAAAAGGGACGGUUCCACCAGAAUGGUGGAGGUAGACGCCAAGGGAAUGGAAUGGGGAUGGGCCCCAACCAAGCGAUGAUGAAUAUGACUUCGCAGGAUCAGAUGCAUCUGAUGUCUCUGUUGGAAGAACAGGCUCGGAUGAUGGCGCAGUUCAUGCCUGGUUUCGUCUCUCCCGCGAUCAAUCCCGCCUUCCAGCAGAACGCGCAACAGCAACAGGGACGCUCGCUGUUUGAUCGUGUUGAACGCCAAGGACGUCCGCACGGCCACUCGAAUCGCGCCCACAACCAGGGUGCUUACGUCAAAUCGAAAGGUGACGCCGAUACCGACAUGGAUACCAAGCCUGAUGGUGCACAGGAUGAGAACAACACCGACAGUGUCUGUCGCUUCAAUCUGCGCUGUUCCAGAAAGGACUGCCCUUUCGCUCAUCAAUCGCCGGCUGCCCCCGAGGGCACCCCUGUAGAUGUUGCGGACCCGUGCCCAUAUGGAGCUGCGUGCAAGAACCGAAAAUGUACAGGACGCCAUCCUUCGCCUGCCGUCAGAUCCGCACAUCAAGCUGAGGAGCUUUGCAAGUUUUUUCCAAACUGCGCGAACCCUCAUUGCCACUUCAAGCACCCCUCGAUGCCUCUGUGUCGCAAUGGAGCCGACUGCUCGACGGAAGGCUGCAAGUUUACGCAUCUUCAGACUGCUUGCAAGUUCAACCCGUGCCUGAACCCCAGCUGCCCUUACAAACACGCCGAAGGCCAGAAGGGUGCUUUCCCCGACAAGGUAUGGUCUGCGGAUUCAAACAAGCCUCGUGUCAGUGAGAGGAAGUUUGUUUCGGAUGAGAAUGCUACGGAAGAGUUGAUCAAGCCGGGUGCUCCAACCGAGGAUUCUACGCAGAACCAGGAAGUCGUUACGUGA